AUGACCACAAUUGAACAGACCGCAACUUUGGACGCUUUCCCCCCUAGCCCCACCCCUACCUUGUCCCGUAGUGGAGACGGCGCUCGUGCUGACUUGGCCACGACAAGCUCAGGUUUGCCCAGUACCACCGCUUCCACGUUGCAAAGACGACCUUCGGGUCAAGUACAAAAUCAACAGGUUCCCACACAACCCCUAACGCCUCUCACAACUUCUCAGGUCAACCAACCGUCUCUGGGUAGGUCACCGGCAAAGGUUCUCCCAGUUGCACCGUCCCCUGAUAUGGCACGUUCUCCAGCACCGCAAAACUCUGGAGAAUCGAGAAUAAAGCUAGAGAACAAUAACGAUGCGGCAAAACAUGGUCCGGGCGCCCCCAAUUCAAAUACGAGUCCGCCCCCCGCAGAGGCAUCCGCCUCGCAAAAUCAACCAAACGCUCCCGAAAAGGCAGAACUCACAGAACAAACGAUAGCUUCGAAUCAGACGAACAGUCCCUCGGACGUUAUGACCCAGGGUGAUCAUUCCCAGCACUUAUCUUCCCCUCCUUCAACCGUCCCCGGCGAAGGGCUAUCUGAUACUGAAGCUAAGCAGUCAGAGUCACGUCAGACUAGUCCUCGCCAGGGCCUCGGUAUUCUUUUAGGCUCAAGUUUUAAUGAUUUCCCUGUGAACAACGAUACGUUAGCCGAAGCAUUAAGGUUCAAGGCGGAGCAAGAACGUACCAAGCAAGAGUUUUACCGCUUAGAACACCGUAAGCGCUCUUUGGACCUAUUAAACACUGCAAUUAGAGCUGGAAUUUCCAGUAACUCUCUUGCUUUGCUUUUUGGAACGCCUGAAGAAAUACGGCAGCUCGAGCAACAACCACCGCCCACUCAAACCGUGUCAGCGGGCCCGAGCUCGACAGCCGCUGCUGCCCCCGCAACCACAUCCACAAUUAAAAUCGUGAAUUAUGAAGAUCAUAAUAGGUCGCCUGCUCGUUACAGAACACACAUGCAACGUGCAUCAACCUCAUCCGUACCCAGCUUUGGCGGUGCUCGGUCUGGUAACCCUCCAAUAGGGGUGAUGACUUCUCCAACAAAUAUUCAAUUCCACCACUGGCGACCAAACCAAACACGGGAACGAUCCAAUUCUUCACCAAAGCGCGAGACUGAAAAGCGCAAGUCUUAUAUCGCUGAUUCCGGAGCCAACGCCUCGCCAGCUGCAGCAAGGACAACCCCUCAAGAACAGCGAGCGCGGCCCCCUCAGCCUCACUUGGAGCAAUCCGUAGCCAGAAAUGCUGCGCCACCUAUUCCUAGUCCACGCUCUCCUCUUCGCCAGACACCGACGACGGUGGCGGCGGGUUCUAAUAUUCCUGCCUCGGUAGUGGCCGCUCAAAACUCUCGCAGGCGCACCAUGGGACACUCAAGACAUCGCUCAGAGGCAGCUAUCAACCGCCAUUCAUGGUAUGCUACUGGAAGACACGACGAGGGUGCCGCUAUUCUAGCGAAUAUGGCUUCUGAGCGCAGCAAGCAUGAUAUGGACUAUAUUCUCGAUCACAAUCGAGGUGGAUGGCAGCAGCAGGCAAGCGUUCCAGUUCCCAUGGGACAGCCUGGCGGCAUCCAUCAAACUGGAGUCGUACCUUUUCCGAUGAUCCAACAACAGCAGCAGUCGGCACAUCAGUCUCCACCGGUGCAAAUGGCUUCACUUAACCAACCCCAGGCACCAACUGCCACAAUGCCACCUGGCGCUCCUAUGCAGCCUCAGGUCCAGCCUGGCUUAUUGCCUGCUCCGCAACUUCGCCAGGUGAAUGUUCCAGCGCCUGUGGUCGCGGUUACUCAAGGUCAAACCUCUGGCCCCGGACCUAUCCAGCCUACGCAGCCUGGGCAGAUGGCACCGGAGCCUCAUCAAGCAGGUCAGUUUUGA